AUGAUAGGAGAGGAAUUAACUCAAGCUUCAACUCUAGCAUUGGAGGAAGAGGUCGAAUCAGAUGAAUCAAAUUUAAAAGGGUGUUGGGGUAUUUUAAAAUCUUUAAAUCCAUCAUUCCCAGAUGUUUAUCUAAAGAAUACCGAAACUACAUUUGGGAGAUAUCAAAAUACCAAUAUCAAUUACCAUGAUAAAAAUAUUUCUGGUUUGCAUUGUAAAAUUAUUAGGGAUGGUGGCACAGAAAGCGAUGGUACGGUCAUUGCAUUUGUUCAUGAUACCAGUACCAAUGGUACAUUUUUAGAUGGUGUAAAAAUUGGUAAAGGUGAAAAGCGUCUUUUAAUAGCAAAUGCAGAACUUUCAUUAACCCCUAAAAAACCAGAUAGAAUAGCUUAUUUAUUUCAAUUACCAGAAAAAGAGGAUGAUCAAGAUGGACCCCAAAAGGUGUAUUUAUUUGGUGAACAAUUAGGUGCUGGUAAUUUUGCAACUGUUAAAUUGGCAGUAGAAAGAAAAACAGGUUCGAAAUUUGCCGUCAAAAUUAUAGAUAAAAAGAAAUAUUUUAUGAAUGCAAGCACAAGAAAAGAUUCAUUAAUGGAUGAGGUCAAUAUUUUAAGAGAUUUACACCAUCCAAAUAUCAUUCAUAUUCACGAAGUUUACGAUACCGAGAAGACAUUAUAUUUAGUUUUAGAGUUGGUUGAAUGCGGUGAAUUAUUAAAUGAUAUUAUUUCAAGUGACGUCUAUUCAGAAGAAAAAGCAAAAAACCUCUUUAAACAAAUUGUGGAGGGUGUUUUAUAUCUUCACAGAAAGGGAAUUGCCCAUAGAGAUUUAAAACCUGAAAAUAUUUUACUUAAACAUAGAAAUUUUGACCAACCAGAUUCAAUCAAAUUAAGUGACUUUGGUUUAUCUAGAACAAUUAGCGAGGGUAGUUUUAUGAAAACAAUGUGUGGCACACCUCAAUAUUUAGCACCAGAAAUUUUAACAAAUAGUUCAAAUGGUGUAGGGGGCUAUGGGUUAGAGGUAGAUUGUUGGAGUAUGGGUGCUAUUUUAUAUAUUAUGCUUUGUGGCUAUCCUCCCUUUGAUGACAACAAAGAUAUAUCAAUUUUCGAACAAAUUAGAAAAGCUCUUUUUGAUUUCCCUGAUGAGGAAUGGAAGAGUGUUUCUGAUGAAGCAAAGGAUUUAAUCAAAAGACUUUUAUGUGUUGAGCCACAAAAAAGAUACACUUGUGAGCAAAUUUUAGAUCACCCAUGGUAUAAUAAGGUAAUUAUAAUUAAUAUUAUUUUAAUUAAAAUAACGAUUUUUAACAAAUUUAUUUUAUUUUAG